AAGUCUUUAAUUAUAAUCAUUAUCAUACACAGGCAGUCUUAAUGAUGGAUUCUGAAAAGAGAAUAAGAUUACUACAAUUUGUUACUGGCACGUCACGUGUACCUAUGAAUGGAUUUGCUGAGCUUUAUGGUUCAAAUGGACCACAGUUGUUUACAGUUGAACAGUGGGGUACCCCUGAAAAAUUGCCAAGAGCUCAUACCUGCUUUAAUCGCUUGGAUUUGCCCCCGUAUGACUCAUUUGAAGAUUUAUGGGAUAAACUUCUUCUAGCGAUUGAAAAUACUCAGGGCUUUGAUGGGGUUGAUUAAGCCACAGACAUAAAUUGUAACAGUCCAGUGCUGCAACUUCAUUUCAAGGGUUUACAGAUUUGAAUUUUCCAGGGACUACCAUUUUACUUAGUCACAUGAGUAUUCAAUCUUCAUAGUAUCACUUGUAAAAUACGUAUUAAAAAUUCACUAACGUUUGAAAACGUAUUUUGCCAUUUCCACAGUUUUGUAUACUUUGAUAGUUACUACAAAAUAUACAUUGGAUGGGCCAGUGCCAAGUAAGUCAACAGCUAAAAUGUUUUUAAGCAGUUGCUUCUUCUUACAGUAUUUGACAGACUGUCCUGCAGUAAACUACUGAAGUAAAACUGUGAAGAAAUCUUUGCAGAGGAUGUAAAUUUGAAUUGCUGCUUUGAGAGAAACGACUGAAAUUGUUAGUGAGUUAAAAAUAUGUACUUCAUGUAAUGCAAUAUCAUCUGUGCUGCUUCAGGCUAUUUGCUACAGACCUGCCCCAAAGCACCUUAUAAUUCAGCAUAUUAGGUAAAACAUUGCAGAACAUCUGUUGGUGUUAUCAGCUAUCAGUUUGCAGAACGUUGACUUGCUUACAGGUUUUUUUAUUUUAUUAUUUCUGUUUCUAACUUGCUUUUGUUAAGACAAUGUAACAAAAUCGGGACUUUUUGAAAGACACAAGCAGCAUAAUUCUGAAUAGUAAUGAGAAAUAAUAUCUUUUUUUGUCAGAAUUUGUAUACUGUUGGUUUAUUGAGUGUUCACUUUUUUUUGAUAAAUUUGUAGUUCAACAAUGGAUAAUGUUUUCAAUUCAGCAUUUUUGCAACAAAUUAAUCUUAAAGCAAAAUUUGUAUGAGUAUCACAGAGUAUUAGUUACUGGUAGUUAGAGGCCUUUAUUAUCCAUUCUUGCAGUAUUGCACUACGUAACAAUAAAGAACAUGUUUACAGGGUUUUCUGGGCCAAGUUCAGCAGUCUGAUGUGUGCAAGCUUCUCAGAAACAUAUGGGAGUUUUGCACAUAUAACCAGGGGCAGAAUUUGGUUCUUUAAUAUGUUUACAGGUUAUGCUAAUUUCUAUAGCUGCAUUUUUAUAUUUUUUCUCCACUGUUAGUCUAGAAACCAAAUUUGUUAAUACAGUAUAACCAAAGUCAUAACCAACAAUGUGCAAUUUAUUGUAGAUCAACCUGUCAUAUAAAUUAGUUUGAUUUCUUUUGUAAAUGUGGGUAUUAUUUUGUAUUAAUAUUAAUGCUUUUUUGUUUGUUUUUUGAGCAAGUGCUGGUUAAAAAGUCAGCUUGAUGAUAAAAGGAAAAGAAUUGAUUGAUAUACCCAGCUUGCUGUAAUUUGAACUUUUUGUUACCAACAUGAUCAGAGGAAAUGACAGCAUCUAGCUUUGGCUAGCAAGUUUCUGUUUAGUCAGUCUUCAGAAAUAUGCAAGAAGGUAUUGUAGCACAUCUCUCUAUGAAGAUAUGUAAAUUCUGUAACUUGUAAUGGGUCUUAAGGGAUAUUUAAAAUCCCAGUUUGUUUUAUUCUUUGACUAGGUUGCUAGGGCUGAGGUUACUACAUGUAAAUAAAGGUAAUUUAUACAGAUUUCCCAAAUCUCUAAGCAGUUUUGUAAAACACGAAUGAUAUAUCAGUAAAUCUGUAUAGAUUUGAAUGUAGCAGUAUUUGUUGCAUACUUUAAAGUAUAAAAUAAGAAUCCUGAAAGCAGUAAAUAAAAGUUUAUUCUGAUAA